CUAGGAAUACUGGUGAAAUUGAUUUUGUACUUGAUAUAGUCUAAACCAACAGUUCAACAGCGAACACCGUGAUGUAGGGUUAGAUAGUGAAUGAAACCGGGCGAAUAUACCAUAAGCCCAGUGAACAGAUGCUUCUCUACAAGUUAAGAGCAAUGAUUUCUCUUAUUUGAAUUUCACAAUUUAAUAGUGAUGCUGUGAGUGAGUGAUAUUUAAAUCAACAUUUGUUCGUAUGAAAGUACAAAAGUAUGAAAGUAUGAAAGUACUACAUAUUUACUUAAUUUGACGUAGAAACUGUGAAUUAUGGGCUGGCUACGUCAGGUGUCUACUAGGUUUAGACGAAUGUAUGGACGUAUGCAUUUUGUGAGCACCAGAAUUUUAUGUAGACGGAAUAACAGCCUUUUUAUUAUCUAAUAUUUGCAUUUCUCAAUAAAACGUGGUGCGAUGCUCAGAGAUGAAACGUACUUACAUAUAGACAUAUAUUCGAACAGAUAUUCUAGUUUUAGAAGAAUAUUUUAAUAAAUAUUUUAUAAUGACACCUUUGGUAAGAUUUUACUUGUAUUGCUCUUCUAAUUUGUGGUGAGUAUUUGGAUAUACUUCUGUAAAAGUAAGCUCUUGCACUUUUAAGCGAUUGAGAGGUUUAUGCAGGCAUCUUACACGAGCCAGUGAAAUCAUUUGUGUUUAAAUCUCAAUGUCUAGGUGCGGCUAGAACUGAUUACUUUGCUUUUAAAAGACUUGCUUAUUAAAACUUGUUAAAAUUAUGAAUUCGUAGAAUCUAGAUACAAGAUACACAUUGUACAUAUAAAACAAUUUAGAAUGCCGGAGAACUUAAAGUGCUUGACGGAUUAAAAACUGGACUCGUUCCGAUUAUGUAAUAUCGACCUUAGUGGAAACGAAUGAAAAACACUGUUCUCUGGCUAGUGCUUUUAAACGGUACAUAUAUGUAGUUAUGAAAAAAUCAGUUGCACGAAGUUUCAGAAUAAAUGUACUUAUAUCGUUCGUUCUCAAAGAAUCUAACGAGAUCAUCCAACAACUGAGGUAAUAAAACACGUCGUCCACUGGCUCUUAGACUAUAAUUACCUUCAUUUAUAUGAGAUCGUGAACUUACAGCCAACAAUAUACGCUUUGAUUGUGUUACUUAGGCCUCAAAGAUCGCCAAAAACGAUGUAACAUAGCUGUACCAUGGUGAUUAAGUAACAGAACUACUUACAUAUGCGUCCACGACACUAUGAUAUUUUAGGAAUGCAGUAAGAUCAAAUUAACGAUCGGUUAGCGGAAGACUGAGCGGAGCAUGAUACAUAAGUAUGCAUGGACAUAUAUACAACACAAAAAUAAAAAUAUAUACAUACUUAUUUACGUGUAUAAUUAAAAGCAUGAUUAACGCAGAUAUACGCUUGAAAAACACGUUUUGAGCACAAAAAAUGAUGUGACGUGAAAACCGAUCAGCCGACAUUUGAAAAUCAACAACCGAACAAACGAGAGAGCGGCACUUUAAACAUAUACUUAUGUAUGUGCCUUGAAAAGUAGACAAUACAUAAUUAUACAUAUAGUGUGUGUAUGUAUCAAUAUAUGGAAGUCAAACUGGUGCGACAACCAAACAAUAAUCUUAGAGUUCCGCUCUUGACUCUUGACGUUUAGCCGUUGCAAUACCACACACGCUCUUCGUCGCCAUCGUAUUAGCUUGCCGAGCGCUAGCCGCUCUCAAACCGAUCGAGUGUUGAGUUUUGCAGCGAUGGUAAAAUUAAAUACAAAUUGUUAAUAAGAAAAUAGUCGAAAUAUUACAGUCGCGAAUGUGUGAUCGUUGCAACGUGAAUUUCCAAUGAAAAUUUAGCUUAAAAAAAAAAGUUUAUCAAAAGAAAUAGCGUCUAAUCGAACUCGACCUGGAGGGCUGCCAUGCGAGGCAGUGCUUGUAUUUGAAAUAAAGCAGUGGGAAAAUACGUCUGUGUUGCGCAGCUAAACGCAUUUUACAUGUACAGUGGUGGCGAACGUGUACGCAAAGUGACAAAGCAAAAAUAUAAGUAUGCAAAAUUGUGGUAUUCUUCCGCAAGUAAGAAAGUGAGAAAAUAAUUAAAAUACAUAAAAAAAUAUAUAUAUAUGUAUAUAUGUAGAUCUAUGCACACAUACAUAUACAUACAUAUAUAGUGAAGAAUGUGCAUUCUAGUAAAAAAAUAAUAUACAAUAUAAAAUGAAAAUUAGUGUAUAUAAAUAAAUAUGACUGUGAACGUGUGUGUGACAGAGUGUCGAAAACUUAAAGGAAACAGACAAUAGGUAUAUGAAGAAGAGCAACAAAGCGAAAAUUUUUAAAACGCAUUCGAGAUACGCGUGAUAAGAAACAAGACAGUUGUGUAAAUACAUAUACAUACAUACAUACAAACUUAUGCGGUAAUUUUUCGCGUAUUACCGUUGUAUCGUAUAUAACGCGUAUGAAAGUUUAACUGUCUCCAAGUAGAUUCACAUUUAACUAAGCAUCAGUGAUUAUAUCCAGGAAGUGCUUCCUCAAAGAUGUCUUCUUUAUACUGUCGCUACAUUUGGCGACUCAGUGUUAUUGCGCUGGGCGCACUAUGCAUCACCAGCGGCGUUUAUCUCUUCGCACACUGGAUUGAUAUAUUCACGCGCUUGCGUGGUAAGGAAAUGGCUUUGAGUUCCAAAUCACCCGCGUAUCAAGGUUGGAAAGUUUCACCAUUACCACUUAAUUUUGAUGUAUAUCUAUUCAAUUGGACAAAUCCGGAAGACUUUUACGUUGGGUCCGGCAAGAAACCACGUUUUGUGGAGUUGGGUCCAUAUCGGUUUCGAGAAAAACCAGAUAAGGUAGAUAUUGUUUGGCAUGAGCACAACAACACUGUAUCAUUUCGCAAAUAUGCUGCAUUCUAUUUCGAUGAAGCGAAUAGUAAAGGAAAACUCACUGAUCGCGUAACCUCAGUCAAUACAGUGGCGCAUGGUGCCGCUUUACAAGCCAUUAAUGGUACAGGCUUUCAAAAGGGUAUAUUAAGAAAUGUUUUGAAAAUGUAUAGAGAAGGUUUGUCAAUUACAAAAACUGCCAAUGAGUGGAUAUUUGCGGGUUACAGUGAUCCAUUAGUUACAAUGGGUAGUAUUAUAUCUAAAUUUGCUGCUGAUAUUGUGGUGCCAUUCGAUCGAGUAGGCUGGUUGUAUACGCGCAACGACAGUUCAGUAUAUGACGGUCACUUCAAUAUACAUACCGGCGCAGAUGAUCUUCGAAAAAUGGGACAAAUUUACGAAUGGAAUCACAAAACACAAACUGGCAUUUAUGAAGGUGAAUGUGGUCGUGUUAGAGGCUCCAUGGGAGAAUUCUUCCCACCAAAUCUUAUACCGACAGACUCGGUAGAAAUAUUUUUGCAGAACCUAUGCCGCGCGGUGCCUUUGGAUUACAUUGAGACGGUGAAAAUUCACGGGAUCACCGCGUUUAAAUAUGCCGCUACCGAACGGGCGUUUGACAAUGGUACACUCUAUCCAGAAAUGAAAUGUUUUUGCGUAAAUGGAAAAUGUGAAAAAGCUGGCGUAAUGAAUUUGGGACCAUGCCAAUACAACUCGCCUACAUACACGUCAUUUCCACACUUCUACAAAGCCGAUCCUAGUUAUUUAGAAGCCAUCGAGGGGCUGUCACCGGAUCCCUCAAAGCAUGAGUUCUUCAUGACGCUGGAACCGAAUGGUGGUGUGCCCAUGGACGUGGGCGGUGGUUUCCAGGCGAACUAUCUCAUGUCGCCCGUACCCGGAAUAGCUCCAUUCGACAAAAUUCCACGUACAUUUAUACCGCUCAUGUGGGCCGAAGAGCGCGUACGAGUUACACCGGAGAUCGCCAGCCAAAUCGGUUUGGUGCCACUAAUCGUGACACUGGGUCAAGUGGUGACCGGCAUUAUGUUCGCCAUCGGCACACUGUUCAUUUGUUGGUAUCCAACAAAAUAUAUGUCACAACUCUGUCGUGAUCCGAAGAGUAAAAACGCGCUACUCAAUCCAAUUGUUAAUAGCACAACCCGAUCGAUAGCGCUAACGCCGCAAAGAAAGCUACAUAGAGGAGGUGUAUCGCUGUUGGGCUACAACCAAAGCCGUGAAGUCUUACAGAAUGAUGUGCUGUUAAGCAAAAGCUUACUGUGACCCGCAACACCGCGUUGUGAUGUGAUAAGUAGAUAGUAGCUAUUAUGUUUGUUAGUAGAAACCGUAUGCAGUAGUUUUUUUGUUAUCUUUUCAAAUGCGCCUUAGUGUGCGCCUGCCAUUGUUGAAUGCAACUAGGAGACAAAGCAAGUAAAGCUAAAGUUUCUAAUAAUGCAAUUCCACUUAAUUAUAUAUACAUAUAUGUAAAUAAUGAAAUACAACCUCAUAUACAGUAGUUAAAGUAAUUUCUAGCAUAUACGCGUUAUUCAUAUGUAAAAUUUAUAUAACAUAAUUUUUUCAUUUGUCACAUUGUCAUUGUCAUCACCGCAAUGGCGUCCAUGUAUACAAAUGACAUUUGUAUAAUAAAAUAAUUAUAAACAAAUUACAAACAAUAAAAAAAUGCAGCGCAAAAUGACAAUUUAGUGCAUGAAGCCCCGAGACAUAUGUACAAAUUCAUACGUCUAUUGUAUUGUUAUUAUAAGUAAUUUUGCAUUUGUUCAAAAACCUUUACGUCAUACCUACACUGUUAAUUUAUACGAAAAAAAAAAUUUAUUGGCAUUAAAAAUUAAAAUAGUUUAUUAAAGACUUUUCAUGCGCCCCAAUCUUCUAAGUAUCAUGUCUUCAUACAAUAAAUACAUACAUACAAACAUAUUCACACAUAAGUGAAAUAGUCACUCUCUUCUCUAGUUUGUAAGACUCAAAAUCAAAAAGUAUUUUCCAUCGAACUGAAAUUGUGUGUCCUUUUUUGAAAUUAAAAAACAAAAAAUAGAUUAAAUUAUAUUUAAGUACAAAGCUGGCCUUUUUCAUUAUUUUCCCGUAUACCGUUAACGUGAAACAAAAUGGAACAGCAAAACGUGAUAAGGUGAAAGCUUAGAAACCAAAAGAUGAAAUUAAUUAAUGUAAUAAAAUACUUAUUACUUGAAUAAAAUGUAAAACGAAAAUUCAAAUAUU